CAUCCGAACACCUCCUGCAGCGUGUCGUGCCUGAAGAUGGGCGACGCAGGCCUACUGACAGAAAAGUCGGCGACAGCAGUAGACAUGGAACCCGUGCAGCAGGCGCUCAGCUUGUAUCGACGCCGCCACUUCACCGAGUGCGCCGAGCUGUGCGAACGCCACUCGUCCAAGCAGCUCCAGUGGCUCGGCAUGCUGGCCCUGACGCAGCACGCAUGGCUCGACGAGCUCGAGCUCGAGGGGCUGCAGUCUCUCGCCGAGGAGUUGCUCGACGACCAGGCGACGGCGCAGACGGGCCGUCCGGGCACCUCCCUGCGGGCCCCUCCUCCGCCGACCGGCGGCGGCCGACCAGUGACGCGCGAGGGUCGUCCCUUGACAGGACUGCGGCGACGACCCCGGUCGCGUACCGCGGCCACGCGCCACGGCGUCGAGAGGGCGCUCACCACCGCCGCAGGAAGAACGGCCCGGCCGACGACUGCGGCACCCGCAAUGGUGCAAGAAUUAGCAGAGUUCGGUCGACUGGGCGCGGCCUCUUCGGGCUGGCCGGAGAAGCCGUGGCUCUCCAAGCCGCUCUUCCGCUUCCUGUAUCACCAGCGAGGUGACGUCAGACAGGCGCUGGAGCUGGCCGGCCAGGAGCGGGCGACCGACUGCUGUGGCUGGUGGUCGCUGCAGCGCGGCCGCUGCCUGCUCAGGCUGGGAAUGCUGCGCGAGGCGGAGCACCAGUUCAGGAAGGCGGCGGAGGCCGGCGACCCCCAGCCCAGGGCCUUCCUGUGGCUCGCCAGGGUGCAGCUACAGAUGGAUCAGCCGCUGGCCGCUGUGGAGGCAUACAGGCGCGGAUUGGACAAGUUCCCCAACGAGGCCGCCCUUGUGGCGCCUAUGGCACGCGUCUACGAGGGCCUGCACGACCUGCAGCGCUCGGCCAAGCUGUACCGGGAGCUGCUGUCGCUGGACGCGGUGCACGUCGAGGCCAUCGCCUGCGUCGCCACGCACCAUUUCUACGCCGACCAGCCAGAGAUGGCUCUCAGGUUCUACAGACGCCUGCUGCAGCUGGGCAUGCCGACGGCCGAGCUGUACAACAACCUGGCUCUAUGCUGCUUCUACGCGCAGCAAUACGACAUGGCGCUCACUUGCUUCGACCGGGCGCUGGCGCUGGCUGAGGACCAGCUGCUCGCUGACGUCUGGUACAACCUGGGUCUCGUUGCACUGGUCAGUACGUCGCGAGCACAGCUUCCCUCCCAAUAUCAAUACCGAACACCAUAG